UUAGAAUUAGUACAACAAUGACAACACCCCACUGACGAUGCUGUCGUUGCUCUACUCGUCAGACAACAACUAAGUUUACGGAAAGUUUUUUUUUUAAAGAUGGAGGCUAUAGAUAUCGAGCACGACCUGGUUGUCGUUGAGGAAUUUGAUGCUUUGUACGUGCUACUGCUAUCCCGAAGCCCCCGUUAACCUUAGCUUCACCGACAGUUACAAUGUCUACCACAAUGGACCUUCACCAGUUCCGCUGCAGAACGAAGGGCCUGGUGCACAGCGCCGUCUCUGCAGCCGUCGCAGUCAUGCUCAGCAUUCCGCUUCUGUCUAGAAUACCGCUGACAGAGGUUAUUGGGAACAGAUCUAUCGAAGUUAACGUUGCGGAAUUAGAAGCCAAAGCCGGCGAAGGCCUUGGAAGAUACCCUGCCAAACAACAUGCGAGAAAGGUUGCUAAGGAGCUUGGAGCUGAUAAUGGAAUUAUCUAUUUACCGGGCCAGCUGGAAUCAACGUGGGAAGAUUCAGAUCAAGGACCACCUUUCCGGCAACGCCGAUAUUUCUACUAUCUGACCGGUGCCGACUUUCCGGGCUGUAGCGUGACGUACGAUAUCGCCGCGGACAAGCUCACUUUAUGGAUCCCGUUUACACCUCCAGCAACGAUACUCUGGUUCGGCAAGACGCCUACGCUCGAAGAAUGUAUCACGAAGUCGGACGUUCACGACGUCAAGUACAUCGGCGAGCUUCCGGCCUAUCUGAGCGCACGGUUGGCUACGAUCAAGUCUCUUUACGCCCUUCGCUCGGCUCAGCUGCCUAAAUUUGACGGCUUCGAACAGCUGCGGCCCUCGCUCAAGAUCGACGUCACGUCGCUUCAGCCCGCGAUGGAUGAAGCGCGGGUUAUCAAAUCCGAGUAUGAAAUAGCUAUGAUUCGUAAGGCCAACCAAAUCUCGUCGGCGGCACACAAAAGGGUCGCUCUACAGCUAGGCGGCAUGAAGAACGAAUGUGAAGUCGAAGCCGCCUUCGCCGCGGCGUGUAGAGCAGCUAACGCGAAAACGCAGGCUUACCCUAUAAUUGCUGGGUCCGGCCCCAACGCUUCAACUCUGCACUACGAGGCUAACAGCGAACCGCUCGCGGGACGACAGCUUGUGGUGCUUGAUGCCGGUACCGAGUGGUCUUGCUAUGCUAGCGAUAUAACACGUACUCUUCCCUUAGGCCCACGUUACCGAUUCAACUUGGAGGCUCGGGCUAUCUACGAGCUGGUUCAUCGGAUGCAGGAAGAGUGUAUACGGCGUAUCAAGCCGGGCGUUGUCUUCCGCGACUUGCAAUUGCACGCGACGUUUAUUGCCGUCCAAGGCCUGCUAGAGCUUGGAAUCUUGCACAACGGGACUGCUGAAGAGAUCUUCAAGAAUGGCACCGGUGCUGCUUUCUUCCCGCACGGCCUCGGCCACCACGUCGGGCUUGACGUUCACGACGUUCUUAGCAGAGAUCUCCUGCGUCCCGCCGGUGAAGGUAUGUGGGGAAAGCGCCGACCCAUCGGUCCUCAGUCCGUACGCGCCAUGAUCAAGCAAGCCGCAAGCAACGCCCCUCCUACGCCUUCGUCGCCAACCAGCACCACCACCGCCAGCACGUCGCAGGAUCCGCAAUCGCCAUCCACACUCACAGAGUCCUCGCCAACGCAAUCUAUAAACCCACCUCUCCCACCACGAUCAUCGCCCUCUCCACCUCCGGUCGCAGUAACAACAGCAGCCGAACCAACUUCACCCUCGUCGCCGCCCCCAAGCAGAAAGAACAGCAGCAACAGCGACAGCAACGCCACCAUCAACGGCGACGUUAAUCCUCCCCUCCCACCGCAGCCGCAGCCCCGCCGUCUGCCGUCUCCGCCCCAACAACGCCAACAAUCCAUCUCCCAGCCCCAGACGCAACCCAAGAACAAGAAAUCCAAGCGUGCGGCCCGCAGCUCGCUGCAGCCCAACAUGGUCGUCACGGUCGAGCCGGGCAUCUACUUCUGCCGCCCGUACAUCGAGGCGUACUUCCUGCGCCGCCCCGAGCACGCGCGCUACAUCGACGCCGCGGCCCUCGAGCGCUACUGGGCCGUCGGCGGCGCGCGCGUCGAGGACUGCGUGCUCGUUACGCCCGACGGCCACGAGGACCUGACCACUGCGCCCAAGGGCCCCGAGCUGUUGCGCAUGAUGGGGUAUGCGUGAGAAAGACGCGCUUAGGGGGGGAGAUGAGGUGGAGGGAGAUAAAGG